CUCUUUUUAGUUUUUAAACGUAGCGUAGAAAGUACCUAUUUUUGUUUAGGUUUACCACGUGUUGGUAAAGUUAGUAUUGAAUGAAAAUGGCUAAAACAAAAGUGAAGAAGAACAAAAAACAAGUUAACCAAGUAAAAGAAACACCCACAGAAGAUAAUGUAGUUGUAUUGCCUCCUGUGCGAAUGUCCGACGACCCUACACCAAAGCAGGUUAAAUGGAUAAACAGACAGAGAGUGUUGGUGUUUGCGGCACGCGGUAUCAACCAUCGCCACAGACAUCUAAUGGAAGACAUAAAGAGAUUAAUGCCUCACCACAAAAGUGAAUCUAAAAUGGAACGAAGUAAAAACUUAUAUGUAGUCAAUGAGAUAAGUGAGAUGAAAAACUGCAAUAAAUGCAUUCUGUUUGAAGGCAGGAAGAUGAGAGAUUUAUAUCUUUGGCUUUCAAAUAUCCCUAAUGGACCUAGCGCAAAAUUUUUGAUUGAGAAUAUUUACACAAUGGGUGAGCUGAAGAUGACUGGUAACUGCUUAAAAGGAUCUAGGCCAUUGUUGUCAUUCGACCCGCAGUUCACUAAAUAUGCUCAUUAUAGUCUUCUUAAAGAACUUCUUGUACAAAUAUUCGGAGUUCCCAAACAUCAUCCUAAAAGCCAGCCAUUCUUUGACCAUGUUUAUACUUUCAUGAUAUUGGACAACAGGAUUUGGUUCAGAAACUAUCAGAUACUGUCUGAAGAUGGAGCUCUUGCAGAAAUCGGACCUAGAUUUGUUUUGAAUCCUGUAAAAAUAUUUUCUGGGUCAUUUGGUGGUUCUACGCUAUGGGAGAAUCCAAAAUAUGUGAGCCCAGCAAAACUCAGACAGGCAUACUCUAAAAAAGCUGCAAACAAGUAUGAGAGGAGAAUUGAGAAGAAAGUGAUGAAUGAGGCCACUAAACCAGAAACUGGUUACCCAGACAUAGAGGGACCGGAAUUCUUUAAGGGUGACCCCUUGAAGAAGGCAGAAGAUGUGCUAAUGGAAGAAAUUAAAGAUGAACCUGAAACUAUGGAUGAAGAAAAUGAGGAUAAUGUUGAACCUCAACCAGUUUUCAGUAUGAAGAAAUCCAAAAGCAAACCAGACAUGGCCAUCAGGCGUAAGCAGCUUAAAGCUAAGAGCAAGGCAAUUUCUGUUCAAAUUAAAAAAAGAAAACAAUUCAAGAGGAAAAAGCCAGUUAAAUAGGUUUUAUAAAAUAAAAUAAUUCAUUUCCACACUCAUUGUUUUAUUGAGAUCGAAUUUAAUAACAGAUUUCAAUCUAUAAUUAUAUUAACACAAGUACUAAAGUGGAAGGACACAAUUUGAGGUAGAAAAAAUUAAUUAAUUUUAAUUAAACUUUGCAUCACCUAAUAUUUAUCUUUCAUAAAAAUUAAUACUUUAAUGUAAAAAAAAAACAUCUUCAAUAACAAUUUAUAACAGGAUUUCAUGUUGAAAAAGUGCAGAAAACAAUAUAUUUGUGUCUCAUCAACACAAAUUGUUCAUUUAAAAAUAAAAAUUAUUAUCAAAAACUAACCUACACUAAGAAAUAAAGUAAACAAAAUACUUCUUAUUUGAUUUGAAAAUGUGAAUUAAAUGCAUCUUGUAAAGUAUAUUUUUGUGGUUUGAUAAUAUGGUUUCAGCAACCACAGAAGUUUUUUAAAAUAAUAUACGAGUCUGUACCUUCAAAUAAAAAUCAUUUUUUAAAUGAUACCUAGCAUAUCUUGAAUAAAAUAGAUUUUCUAAUCAAUACUUAUUGUAAAAUGAGUCAGAAUAGGACGGCUUGUAUUAAAUUCAUUUUAUUAAAAUGU